AUGCCCGAGUUGAUACCAGAGCGGACGACCAACGCGAUUUCGGAAGUCCAAACCGAUCAUAAUGGGAUUCUAGAAGGCCUCGGUAGCCUGAAUCGCUGGUCUCAAUCGACCGUUUCUAGCAAAGAUUCGCCUGUCAACCGUUCUCGGGGAAAUUCAUCGCCCAGUAAUAUUGAAUCUCCGAAGGCAAAUGCAAGCCCGGCUAGCACCUCCAGCCGUGAGUGUUACGUUCCCGAUCACCAGCGUGGCCAAUCACAGGGGUUUCGUGUCUCCCAGCCUUCGAUGUCAGCUAGCCAUACCGAAGCGUCCAGACUUGGAUCAUCAGAUGCUGGUACGAUACCCAAGUUAGCGGCGAAUGAUACCUUUGAUUCAAACCUUGAGACAUCGGAGCCUAUGUUAGCCUCCCCCGCUCUCUUCCAAAACCCGUGGGCAAAGUCAAGCUCACUCAGCAUGGGCUCUGGCGAGCAUAAUCUGUCUCAUGAUCCAGCGAGCUCUCAACAGGUUGGCGACAGCUCACGCCCAGCAUCAGCCAAGGGAUAUGGCUCUGGACGACGGCGGCGGGGCUAUUCCCAGAAAGCAAUGCUUUCUAAAGCAUUGCAGAAGGCUAAUACUGCAGUUCUCCUGGACAAUGCAGCUAAUUUCGAAGGAGCAAUGGAAGCUUACAACGAUGCUUGCCAACUUCUACAACUAGUCAUGCUGCGAAGCAACGGAGGAGAAGACGAGAGAAUGAAGCUUCAAGAGAUUCGCGACACCUAUAUGCUUCGUGUAACCGAGCUGCGUCGUAUGGACUUCUCCUUCCGCGAAGUUAACAGCAAAGCGCUUCCUGAACGUCCCCUUAGUCAGGAGUCAUACGGAGCAAUGUCGCAACCCAUAGAUGACGAGGAUGAUUUUCAUACUGAGGAGAGAUAUGACUACUUGCAGUCCAGAUCUUUCGUUCAUGAUCAUCCCAUCUCUGAAGGAUCUAGAACCAUGGUGCCCAAUCAAAUCCUUCCGAGGCGUCAGUCGCUAUUGCCGUCGCCUUUGGAGGAUGAGUCAAGAUAUGCCAUACCGUCACCCGUGUCCGGCAGACCGGCUCAGUCUGACUCGUUCAGGCAAGCGUCGGAGAAAUUGUCUCAGGGCGCACUGGGCCCUCCACAGGAUACAUAUUUGACCAGAGGACUCGGUCAGGACGAGGAAUCCUCGUCUUCCGGGAAUCCUCAUUCUGAGUUGACCUUACUGAGCACUCACGCCAGGGACAUUUACGAGUCAACCUCUUGGCUCGAUACUAUCGACGAGUCUGGUGCUUCUUCACCUUCUUCCCAGCACUCCCGAGUAUCAUCUGUGUAUCUACGGCGGAGGAGAAGCUACCGCUUCAGCCAUGGUACUGAAGCUGAAUUUGAUGCUGCGUUAGAUGCUGCCGUUGAGGCUGCAUACAAUGAAGGCUUGGAACCAGCGGUAGAGGUGGACGGUUACGAUACAGACGAUGAGAUUGUAGCGAACGCUCGCAGGAACGUUGAGUUGGCAAAACAGAGAGUAAGGGAAGCGGAGAGAGAAGCGGAAGUAGCAAUAACACAGGGCCACGAUCUUCGCCACAUACUCGAGCAGACGAGGCUCGACCAUUCAAGUGAUUUGAUCCAGGAUUUUCCUGACGAUGAAGCCGAAGAAGAGGAGCGAUUGUUGGAUGAAAUGACCAGUGGCUACGUUAUGGAUGAUUUCGCAUUUGAUCUUCAGUCAAAAUCUGCUCUUCCGCGCCAGUCAGGUUCAAGCAUGUUAUCCGCUAGGACCUGGGAGAGCUCGGUUGUCCCUAAUUCAGCUACAACAAUACCCGGCGUGACUUUGGCUCCGCUGGAGGAAGAUGACGUUGUGUUAGAGGAUCAAUCAGAGAAAUCUCAAAGCGCACUUACUCCAUUGGAGUUCGACCUAGCUUCCUCACCUCAUGUUCCUUCCGGCCCGCCCAAACAGUCUUCUGUGCUAACAGCGAGUCCAAGCGUGCGAGCACGACGAAUGUCAGGUCAAAACCCGACAGAACUGAAAAUCGAAACAAGCUCUCGUCCUAAGAUUGGCGAUGAUGCGCUCACCCAAGGCUCCGCGGAUACGGACAUGUUUCGACCACCCCCUGUCCCCAAAGACGGGUCUCAGGCACUCUCUUCCGCAAGCUCCACUACAAAAACUUCCGCUUCAGCUUCCGUUCAUGCAUCAGCCGUGCAUCUCAACCGAAGGAAUGCUUCAAUUGCGUCACUGGCUGAAGAUGGUUCCACCUUUGAAGUACUAGAGAAAGUUAUUACAGAGGAGGGAAAACCGUAUGCCAGGAUAUCGAAGGUGCCAUCACCCGCCCGUCUGAUUGGCAAGGUCCCUUCAGCUCCAGACAACCUGGGCAAGUUAAAUUCAGGUCUGAAGACGUUCCGGCCGAGGAAUGUCUCUGUACCAGCGCCUGAUCUGUCCGCCAAUUCCCCGGAAACGCCAUCAAGCGGUGCAUUCCCGGACCUCCAUAAGGGAACGGCAAUUGGCCCGGCUCCUUCUCUACCUACACCUAGUGGUGCAACUUUUGCGCCGUCCGGUCUGACCAGUGGAGGCCUGUAUUUGUUCGAUAGCCACAUCCACUCACCGACAAGUCCCGGAUCCCCCAAUCCAAUGGCCGCGAACGCCCCUAUUCCUCUAGAGCCGUGUCCCGAAUCAUUCCUUUUACGUCCAUUCUGGCUCAUGAGAUGUAUUUACCAGACCAUCGCUCAUCCGCGAGGGGGUUAUUUAUCUACGAAGCUAUUCGUGCCCCAUGAUGUGUGGGGCGUCAAAAACGUGAAACUUAGGGCGGUCGAAGAAAAGGUGUCCAACUGCGACUUGUUGACGGCGGCGUUACUUAAGCUUGCUAAGGUGGACACUUAUGACGCCGACGCCGUCCUGGAGGAAAUGCAAUCCUUGGAAGCUGUGCUCGACCAGGUGCAGGUGUCUCUGUCAAAGAAGAUAAGCAGCGAAGUCGGCGUGCAAGGGGCUUUGCCGAUCUUCAAAUAUUCUCAGAGCUCUGAGGAUGCGGCAUAUGGUUUUGAUAAUGUGCCGCAAAAAGUUAACAGCAGUUCAAGCAAAUCAUCAUAUCUGACUUCGUGGCGAAAAUUGCGUUCCAAAAACCCAGGGUUCGGUGCUCCCGCUACACCAGUGCAUUCCAAAGAAACCAGCAAAGAUCAUUUAACAAUCAGUUCGCUCCCCAUGACUUCGUUGCCAACUUCUCAGGCUGCCAGGCGUGUUACACCACAGGUCCAGUUCAGUGGACCCAACGCACAUUAUAUGGCUGCGCUCGCCCGACUGUGCGACGCGGCGCAGGUGCUGGACCAGAUAGCCCAGCAAGUUGAAGAUCCCGGUCUCAAACAUUCCUCGCCCACAUUAGUCGGCCUGGAAUUGAGCACACGCCAUGCUGCUGAAUUUUUCGGAUUCUAUAUAUGCCGAUUCGCUCUGAACGACAUUGGCAUGAUGCUUGAUAAGUUCAUCAAGAGAGGAAGUGAAUGGGUUUUGAUCUGA